AUGUCGCUGGAUAUGGCACAAAACGCGUCGGCCGUCACAGACCUCGUCUUCGCCGGACUGAAGGUGGCAGGGUACGGCCUUGUGACGGUCUGCAGCAUCUUUGGAUCCCACACGAUCAAAGACUACUUGGACAAGGAGGAACGCAUGAAGAAAACUGUGGCGCUUUGGCGGGAUGUGCUGACCUACCUGUACGAGAAGAAGCAGAAAGAAUUUGGGCAGGACGGUCUCCGCUGCAUGCUCAACAAGCUGGAACACAUGGAGACAGGCUUGAAUUUCCUAGAAAUCGACCUCCGCCAUAGCACACUAUGGUCCCGGACAUUCGGUGAACAUGCCGGCCGCCUGCGGAAGCUCAACCGCUUGAUCGAGCAGACCGACGACGACUUGAGAGAGCAGACCGAGAAAGCCCUUGGCAAAGAUUACAUCCUCGAAGCUAUGUCUCGGCUUGCUACGUCUUCUACCGAGCCUUCCGCCGGCGCGCAAGCCACAUCCGUCGGCGGUGACCAGAACAUUGCUCUGACGACGCUUGAAGCGGCCCUGCCCAUCGGCAAUUGGGAACAUCGCUGA